AUGGAAAUUCUAUCGUGGUUUCCGGUGAAAGAUCUCCUGCGAUUCAAGUGCGUUUCAAAAGGGUGGAACCAACUUGUUUCUGAUUCUGCAUUUGUGAAACUUCACCUUCAAAGGUCCUCAAAAAACACUCACACGUUAUUGACCUUUUUGGAUUAUUCCCCUAGCUAUAGAAGAAGACAUUAUGCCACCGUUUGUCCUAUACAAGAUUUAUUUGAAAACCCAUCAUCCACCCUCGAAACUUUACCUCACAGACAUCUCCCCUUCAACCGCAAGAACAGUUGUUUGGGUUCCUGCAACGGCUUGGUGUGCUUCCAAGAUUCUUGUGUUGACGAUGAAUUCGAAUUUGAAGAAUACUGGUUUUGGAUGUGGAAUCCCGCAACAAGGGUGAUGAGUAAUGAGUCCCCACAUAUUCGUCUUAAUCGGAGCGAUUAUGAAUAUCCUUUCUGGUGGGUGUAUGGGUUUGGGUACGAUGAAUGGAGUGACACUUACCAAGUUGUGUUAUUGGAUAAUAAGAAUAAUCAAUCACAGAAACUGGAGGUAAAAGUUUGUUCUUUAGGGGAUAAUUGUUGGAGAAAUACUUUAACUUGUGAUGCUGUUCCGUUUCUAUUUGAGCAUAGGCUUCGUGGAAUUGUUGGUGCUUUAGUGAGUGGUACUUUAAACUGGUUAGCAUAUCCGAAAUCCCGCGCUGGUGGUGAUGAACGAACUAAAAUGAACGAGUUAGAAAUAUUUUCUUACGAUCUAAAGAAGGAGAGUUGCAGUUAUUUUUCUAUGCCUGAUGGGAUUUUAGAAGUUAGUCCGGAUGAGGCUGCGCUUGAGGUUUUGAAUGGUUGUUUGUGUAUUUCUCAUUAUCAUGAGAAUGAUUUUUUUGUGUGGCUGAAGAGGGACUUUAGUGAUGAAAAAUCUUGGUCAAAAUUGCUGAAUUAUAAGAAUCGUCCUUCGAGUUGUUACCACUGUCCACGUUACAUGGACAUGAUUUGUAUGCGUGAGAAUGAUGAUGUCGUGCUGCUUGCGGACACAGGUUUCGCAUCAAAAUCAGAAUUUAUUUGGUGGAACAUCAGAGACAAUAGAAUGGAGGGUCGUGAAAUUUACGACAAGGACAAAUUUAAUCUUUCCUCUUAUGAUUAUGUUCAUAGCUUGGUUUUGCCGUAUAAGAAUUAA